UUCCCUUUUAUAAAUCUUCAUGUCCUUUACAGAACAUUCAAAGACUCAGAAGACGUGAAGAAUAAGAGAAGGUAGCAAAGAGAAGAAAGGAGACCAUGGGGAAGAGAGUGGCAAUCAUUGGAGCUGGGGUAAGUGGCCUGGCCUCCGUCAGGGCCUGUUUGGAAGAAGGGCUUGAGCCCACCUGCUUUGAGAGGAGUGAUGGUGUUGGGGGCCUGUGGAAGUUCUCGGACCAUGCAGAAGAAGGCAGGGGGAGCAUUUACCAAUCUGUGUUCACCAACUCCUCAAAAGAAAUGAUGUGUUUCCCAGAUUUCCCUUACCCAGAUAAUUACCCCAUUUUCAUGCAUAGGAGUAAGCUCCAGGAGUAUAUCAUCACAUUUGCCAAAGAAAAAAAUCUCUUAAGAUAUAUACGAUUUAAGACCUUGGUCUCCAAGAUAAAGAAGCGUCCUGAUUUCUCUGUUACUGGCCAAUGGGAUGUUGUGACUGAAAAGGAUGGGAAGCAGGAAUCAGCUGUGUUUGAUGGUGUUAUGAUAUGUACAGGACAUCAUGUGUUCCCCAAUCUGCCAAAAGAUAACUUUCCAGGGCUGAAAGAGUUUAAAGGCAAGUACUUCCACAGUCGGGAAUACAAGGGGCCAGAAGGAUUUAAGGGGAAGAGAGUGCUUGUGAUUGGUUUGGGGAAUUCAGGCUGUGAUAUUGCUACAGAACUGAGUCACACAGCAGCACAGGUUAUCAUCAGUUCUAGAAGUGGUUCCUGGAUAAUGAGUCGUGUCUGGGAUGAUGGCUUCCCUUGGGACAUGGUAUUUUUAAACCGCUUUGAUAACUUCGUCAGAAACAACCUCCCUACAUUCAUUUCUGAUUGGUGUUACGUGAAGAAGAUGAAUGGGAGAUUUAAGCACGAGAACUAUGGACUGAUGCCUUUGGAUGGAACACUGAGAAAGGAACCUGUGUUCAAUGAUGAGCUCCCAGCACGUAUCAUCUGUGGUACAAUAACCAUCAAGCCAAAUGUAAAGGAAUUUAAGGAAACAUCUGUGGUAUUUCAGGAUGGGACAGUGUUUGAAGCUGUUGACACCAUCAUUUUUGCAACUGGCUAUGGUUAUGCCUACCCUUUCCUUGAUGAAUCAAUCCUCAAAAGCAGAAACAACGAAGUGACCCUUUUUAAAAAUGUUUUCCCUCCUUGUCUUGAGAAAUCAACAUUGGCUAUGAUUGGUUUCAUCCAGGCCCUUGGUGCUGCCAUACCUACUGUUGAUAUGCAGUCCCGAUGGGCUGCAAGAGUAAUAAAAGGAACAUGUUCUUUGCCCCCUGUGAGUGAUAUGAUGCAUGACAUUGAUGAGAAAAUGAAGAUGAGACUCAAAUGGUUUGGCAACAGUCAAGCAUUACAGACAGAUUACAUCGUAUACAUGGAUGAAAUUGCCUCCUUCAUUGGGGUCAAGCCCAACAUGUUUUGGCUGUUUCUCACAGACCCCAAGCUGGCUGUGGAGGUUUACUUUGGCCCCUGUACCCCUUACCAGUUUCGAUUGACAGGACCAGGAAAGUGGUCAGGAGCCAGAAACGCCAUUCUGACCCAAUGGGACCGGACCUUGAAACCCAUGCAGACUCGAAUUGUUGGUUACCCACAGAAACCUUAUCCUCUCUUUGAAUGGCUCAAACUACUUGCUAUUCCUAUUAUUCUCAUUGCUGCUUUUCUUGCUUUAAACUAAUAAUAAAUGUCUGGAGCGUUUCUAACUCAGAAAAAAGAGAGGUUCAUAUUUUCUUCUGUUUUGUACAACAUUCCACAGAAGUACUAAAUUGGCAUUUGUCAGCUUUCUUGGUAAAAUAAAAUAAAAUAAAUCAUCUCCACACCUCUGACUACUUCUCAAAUAAGAAGUAGUUAUCAGGGAUCUUU